AUGCAGUCCCUUCUUCAGUAUCGACGUCUGCGCAGACAUCUACACGAAAGCAUCAAGAUCCAUGGCCCUGCUGCCGCUGGAGAUCCUGGUUCACAACCGUCUGGAGACAUCCUUGAAGACUUCCAAGAUGCUCAGUUCGACAGGCAAGUUAUAACUACUGCUUCUAAUUCCGUCUCGCCGCAAGAAAUGCCCGGGGUGGUGCUGCAGAACGGGCGGAGAGUGACUGUGCCAGGCGUUAGCGUCCAUGCUGCAACCGACGUUGAACAUAUCAAUGGGAAGGCUAUCUUCAUAGUGGGCUUCGAUGGUCCAGACGACCCAUUCAAUCCGAAGAACUGGCCUGUGAGACAGAAGUGGACGACAUUGGGUAUAGUUGGCACAACGGGUUUCCUUGUGGGGUGGGCAUCUUCCAUCGACUCUGGAGUCAUCAAACAGGGAGAAGAGGCGUUCAGGGUCAGUGAAGUGACUGAAUCUCUUGCCACUGCGCUUUAUCUGAUCGCAUUCGGAUUUGGAUCCCUUGUGGCGGCGCCUUUCUCGGAAACUGUGGGACGCAACCCCGUCUACCUAGUAACCUUGUCACUUCUUAUGGUCUUUAUCAUGGCCUCUGGUCUAUCUCCAAAUCUAGGCGCCCAGUUGGCAUUCCGUUUCAUUGCUGGACUGUUCGGAUGCACGCCGCUGACUACAUUCGGCGGGAGUAUGUCCGACAUCUUCGACCUUUUAGAUCGUACCUAUGCCUUUCCGGUGUGCUGUGCGUUGUCUUUUUUGGGGCCUUUUCUCGCCCCGAUGGUCGGUGCGUUCAUUGGUCAAAGCCCAGAUAUCUCCUGGCGCUGGUCAGAGUGGACGUCUCUGAUACUCGCUGGGCUUAUCACGGCAUCCAUCUUCUUUUUUGUGCCCGAGACCUACGGGCCAGUACUUCUGCAAUGGAAGGCUCGCCAACUACGCGCAAUCACCGGCGACCCUCGUUUCAUGGCUGAGAUCGAAUUGCGCCAAACUACCCUACCCAUCCGGUUAAUACAUAGCUGCUCCCGCCCCUUCAAGCUAUUCUUCCAGGAGAUUAUGGUGGCCCUUUUUACGAUGUACUUAGUGGUCGUAUACAUCGUGCUUUUCGGCUUCCUGACAGGUUACGAAUUCAUAUACGGUCGCACGUAUGGCUUUUCACAAGGAUCAGUGGGACUCACGUAUAUUGGAAUGAAUGUGGGGUUUUUGAUUGCACUCGCCAUUGUUCCGCAUGUCUACCUGUCUUAUAAGAGACGGCUUCAAGCAGCCAUCGCUAGCGGCCAACCCAGUCUACCACCCGAAGAGCGACUCUGGUUUGCCAUGUAUGGCGCACCGUGGCUUCCAAUAUCUCUUUUCUGGAUGGGAUGGACCAGUUAUCCGUCCGUCUCGUACUGGUCACCUCUAAUCGCAUCUGUGGCGUUUGGGUUUUCCGUGCAGGGCAUUUUCAUAAGCAGCUAUCAGUAUUUGAUCGAUACGUAUGAGAUAUUUGCUGCUAGUGCUUUAGUGAGCGCGACGUUCAUGCGAUAUAUUGCCGCGGGGGCUAUGGUCAUUGUGUCUAUUCCAAUGUACACUAAUUUGGGUGUUCAUUGGUCGCUUACACUGCUGGGGUGUAUCUCCCUACUGAUGACGCCGGUCCCGUAUGUCUUCUAUAGAUUCGGACAUGCUAUUCGGCGAAGGAGCAAGACUGCUGCAGCGUAA